AUGGCCAUGCCACCUUCAGGCAGCGGUCAGCCUGCUAGUUCAAUUUGCUCAUCAGCAGUUGUUUCAGCUGUUUUAUUGAGUUGGUGGGUGACUAAAACCAGGCUUCAAAAUGGGUUUCAAGAAGUUUGGAAUGUUCUUUCUGCUGCUUUCUGUUCAGCUCAGCCUCUUCUUGCAGUACUUGCUCAAACUUCCUUGCCAAAUCCCCUCAUGACUAUAGACUUCAAGCAAGAACAAAAUGUUACAUACAAAAAUCUUCCCGAAACACUGUCAUUAAUGUCAGUGAAACUAGGCGAUAAGCAAAAUAUCACAGCUGUAAACAAGCGAGGCGGUGGCGGAGGUGGUCAUGGAGGCGGUCAUAUAGGAAGAGGACGAAGUGGUGGAGGAGGCAGGGGUCGAGGUCGAGGCAACGGUGGAGGGAAAAAAUCACCAGCAGGGGUCAUGAAUCAUCCCCGCAUUUCUCAGUCUCGUGGUUCCAGUGGUGGCACCCUCAACUACGCUUCCUUACGUUUCCUGAUUUUGACCUUCUUUGCCUCUUCUUUUCUCGUAUAA